AUGUAUUCACGCUUUAGCAUAGUUAUUUUAUUUGGAUUUGUCCUAUCACUUUCCCAUUUGGAUGUUGAGGGGAUUAAUAAUCUGCAAAAUGCAAAACAGUUCUUUAAGAAUAUAUUUCACAAUACAGCUAAGAAGUCGGCAUUCGUUAAUGUAUAUGAAUUGGAACUAACACGUCAUUCAAUAAGCUUAGAACAAUUCAAUCUGUCUUCAGAAGUAUUCAACUAUGCGGGAAGAAUUGGACGUAUCAUUAAAGCAAUGGAAAACUCUUUGAAGAUGCUUGUCUCUUGGACGGAAGAAGAAGUUUCCAAAUAUUCUUGGAAUCCCAAACUAAAGCCAGAUAUCACAAAGUAUAAUGAUCUACGUGAGUUAAAGCUUGGUGAUAAACGACUUGUUGAUACGCCUGGUUAUCACUUCAAAAUUAUGCCAAAUAAAUCAGGUGUUCAUUUACCGGUGGAGGUAUACAAUGGGGAUUCUACAGUUUUCCAUACUUUACGAUGGACUGACGUAUUGGAUUCGAUAUUUCCAACCGAACCUAAUUUACAUUUUACAUAUUUUGCAAGUUUAACUGGAAUUUUACGUGUAUAUCCAGCAUUCCCUUGGAGAAAACAAAAUGUUGAUAUGUUUGAUGUUCGUAGACGUUCCUGGUUUAUACAAGGUUCUUCUGUACCCAAAGAUCUGUUCAUAUUACUUGACACGAGUGGAAGUAUGACUGGCCAGUCAUUAAAACUGGCUAACUUAUCAGCUCAGAAAUUAAUUGAAGCUCUUGAUGUGGAUGAUUACUUCACUGUAGCACAUUUUCCUGGAGCUAAAGAUCAUGUUGCACCAAUGAUUGUCACAGCAAAUAAUGAAAGCGAACCAAUUUGUUUUAAUUCAUUUGUUCAGGCAACUAGACGUAAUAAAAUGCGCUUGUUUUACGAUUUGAGUACUUUAAAAGCACGUGGUUAUUCCGAUUUUCCAGCAUCAUUGAAAUUCGCUUAUGAAAUGUUUCGUAAUUUAACUGGAAGUGAACGAGGAGAUCGUGGUAAAGAAUUAAGAAAUAAAAUUCUUGUAUUAAUGACAGAUAAUGCAUUUGUAUUUGAUGAAUCUGUACUCUCGCAGCUUAAACAACAAAAGUCUAAUAUUACAACAUUUAUUUAUUCCCUUGGUGAACCUGUUGGAGCGGCUUAUGAACAUAAAUGA